AUGGCGUCAAACAAGAGAAAGCAAGACGAGAAACAUCUAAAGAUGUUGCGGGAGAUGGUAUCUCUCCCCAGCAAUAAACAAUGUUUCGAUUGUCAUCAAAGAGGGCCUACCUAUGUCAAUAUGACGAUAGGAUCAUUUGUCUGCACCUCCUGCAGUGGCAUUUUCUGAACCGCAAGGUGUACCUGGGCCUGUACGACAGCCGCUCCUGGCCCGAGCCCGACUCGCGGGACGAGCAGCGCGUGCGCGACUACAUGGUGCAGAAGUACGAGAACAAGCGCUACUACGUGGCCCCAACCGACGCCAUGAAGGAGGACACCAAGCGCGCCAACGAGGCGGCGCUCAACUCCAAGCCCCAGCACCAGUGACUGUCCCCCACCCGAGCGCCUUCAAAACACCCCUGGCCGCUCCCGUCAGCUCCCAGCAGAACAACUCCACCGCCGCUGUCCCCGCCCCGGCAGCUGUGGCCAAACCCUCGUCGGGCUUUGACCUCUUGGGAGACCUGGGCGGUGACCCUUUCGCCUCCAACGUUCCCGCCACCUCUGGGAGCGCCGAUGGAGGUUUCGCCGACUUCAGCAACUUUAACAGCUUCAGCACAGCUCCCCCACAGCCAACAGCCACAGCACCUGUGCCCCAGGCACAGCCUCCACCAGCAGCCUUUCCGAUAUCAAACACUCCUCUCCAGCCCAUGGGCACAGGCCUGACCCCAACCUCUAGCAACACACCGGCUGCCGCCCCAGCCCCUGCCCCACAAAGCCACACGGCGGCCUCUUUUUCGGCCAUCAGCGACAAGUAUGCAGCCCUGGCUGAUCUUGACAGUGCUUUCAGUGCCCCCACCACCACGGCCACGGCCAUCAAUUGGGGCGGCCCAGAGGGUGGGGCCAUUAACUGGGGUGGGAGCAGUAGCAGCAGUGCUCCUGUCAGCACUCCAUCGAGCGGUGCUGGAGUCAGCUGGAGUGGUGGCAGUGCUGGUGCAGUGCCCAUCAACUGGAACAAUGCGGGUGCGGGAACCAUGGGUUCGAGCCCCGUCUCCCAAGGCUUUGGUGCGCCACCAGCAGGGAAACCAGGCAACCCUUUCUUAAAACCAAUGGCCAACCCGUUUGGAGGCGCCACCAGUAACCCAGGGAUGCCCCCAGCCUUCUCCAGCGCGGCCCCCAACUCCACGGUCAACCCGUUCGGGGCGCCCAACUCGAUGGGCGGUCUGGGCGGCCAGUUCUCCCAGGCGGGCGGCGUCGGCAUGCCCACGUCCUCGGUGGCCCCGGGGUUCGGGGCUCAGUUCCCGCCGCAGGCUGCCACUUCAGGUUUCGCCCAGUUCCCUCCCAUGCAGAAUGGGGGGUUUGGCAUGACGCCCGUCUCGGCAGGGGGUGCCUUCGCCGGUGCUGCGCCGGGCGCGUUCCCUCAGCAGCAGCAGCAGCAGCAGCAGUUCAUGAUGCCCGCAGCACAGCAGCAGCAAGCGGGCUGGGGAGUGCCUGGUCAGAUGCCUGCAGGGGGUCAGCCUGUGGCCAACCCUUUCAUGAGCACAGCCAUGCAGCAGCAGGUCCCCCCGCCCAGUGGUUCGACGAACCCUUUCUUGUGACGACCCUGCCCCCGCCCCAAGCUAUCCCUCGCCUGACUAAAGUAUGAACACACUACAGAUAUAUUAUAUAUAUAUAUAAACACAGCUAGCUCCACUGUUGGCAGGAGUAAACCAUCUCGACAACAGGACUAUAGAGUCACACUACUCUCUUCUCAUUUCACAUUUUCUCUCUCAUCAUCGUUUUUUUAGUUGGGUUUUUUUUUCCCGCUAAUCACAUCAACAAGACGUAUUUCUCACACAUCACCUUUACACCUGUUCAUCAAUCACCCUCUUUCUCUCUAUCU